UAGACGGAAACCGUUCAUGCAAAUUUCAUACUUUACUGGCUGCCUUUGUUUACUCUGAUCCAUAGCAACUAGCGGCAAGUCAAAUAAACCAUUCUUCAAAGCUGCGGCUAGUUUUCAGUCCUUUAGACUUUUAGCUAGUUCUUUUUAGCUAGUUUAGCCGGUAGUUUGUAUAGCUGCUUAUCAAGUGUUCAGUAAAACCCUGCGCCGGGGACAUAUCACAUCUGCUUGAAAAACAUGUCUCUGGCAAGCGGACAUUGGGUACAAAGCAACGUCCUUGGAGAUGCCCCAAGACCUCGGUAUGGCCAUGCAUUAGCAGUGGCAGGCAAUAUUGCAUUUGUAUUUGGAGGCUGCACCACUAACAAAGUUCUGGAUGAAAAGUCAGUGUACUUCAAUGACUUUUACAUGCUUACAAUUACUCCAAAUGAUCUAACAUGGGAACUAAUUCCACACACUGGCCACAUACCAACCCCUCGAGAAGGGCAUGACAUUUUUGUUGUGAAAAAGAAAAUCUUUUUGUUUGGAGGUCAUGAUGACAAAGAUGCUGUUGAAUGUUUGCCUGGGAUAUAUUCAUUUGACCUGGGUACAUUAAAAUGGGAGAAAUUAAAACCGACUGGAGCUGCUCCUCAGACCUUGAACCAUAGUGUGGCCACUGUUGGUGAAAAUGUCUUUGUUUUUGGCGGUAUCUACCAUGGAAGAGUUGUAGAUGACCUGCACAUGUUUAACACAGUUUCUGAAAUGUGGGUACCGGUUAAAACAUCUGGUUCAUUGCCUGAUGCAAGGUUGGGCCAUGCAUUUGCUACAGUUGGACAACAAAUAUACAUGUUUGGCGGCUGUUCAGAAGAUGGAGUAUACUACAGUGAUGUGUACAUGCUGGAUACAGCUACUUUGUCAUGGCAGUGUUGUGAGAUCAAAGGAGACAGUCCAGAGGGAAGGAAAUUCCACUCAUUUACAGCACAUUGUGAUAAGGAUAUCUACUUGUUUGGAGGCAUCUCAGAUACUGAUAAUGAGACUACAAUGUUGAAAUGUGAUGUGAUGAAGUUAAGUCUUGCAAAAAUGAAAUGGAAGAUGCCGCUCUAUUUUGGCAUUCCACCAGCAUGCAGAUAUAAGCAUACAUCUUUUGUUCUGCAAAGUCAUCUUUUCGUAUUUGGUGGAAGAAAUGAAGAAAAAGACUUCAAUGAUGUGAUGGCUAUGAAACUCAUAAACCCUUCUGACAGACAGCCCAUAAUGAAAGACAUUCUGUUAGAAUGUGGGAUUCAAGGCAUAAGUAAUGGAUAUACACCAACUAAAAUCCCAAAAGUGAAAUAUCAUCUAAGUGAGCUGGAGCCUCCAAAACCCUGUUCUAUACACACUGUUCCUGAAGUUAAAGAAAGCAGCUUCAUUUCUCUUCGUAGUGAAGCGAUAGAAAAAAUAAAAUCAGCCUUUAUCUUGUUAGAUGCUGAAUUUCAAAAAUUUGACCUUGAAAGAGGAAAGUUUGCCCAGGAACAAGCUGCUCUCUUUCAAGAAAAAGAAGAAUUUAACAGACAGUAUAAGCUACGUCAACAGGAACUUCAGGAAAUGUUGGAAAAACACAGGCUACAAAAUGAGGCUUGGCUGAAAGCAAGGGCAGAAGAGAAUGACAAAGAAAGGAGAGACAUUUGCAAACUAAGAGAAGAAAUUCUUCUACAACAGAAAAAGGUAAAAGAAGAAGAGCAAAUGAUUGAAAAACGCAAUCAGCAGUUGAUUUCUAUCAUGCAGCAGUUCAAAGGAAUGUAAAACCCUUUUAUGUUAGUGGCAGAGACAGGAAGAUUAAUCUCAAAUCUUUCAACUCUGUGUUAAUCUGAAAAAUGUGUGAUUUGUACUUGCUAUAAACCAUUCCUAACCAUUACUAACCUGGUAUGCAAUGCAUCUUUCAUAUGUUUUAUACUUACCA